AUGGCACCCCAAGAAGCUGAGGUUCUAUCAGCGUUAAAGCUUCUUCGUGAUACGCCUAGUGAUAUACUCAACACUCAUCGUGACCUGGCACUUCGGACCUUAACACAGAUUGGACGGGCUAUCAACGCCCAUUGGAUUGAAGAUGAAGCCCCGAACAGGGUCAAUGUGGGAGUCCAUGGCGGACCCUAUGGACCCACCGAGCCAGAAGCCCAACGUUCACAAUCAGAUACUUUCUCGCAACUCAUAGUCUCAAGCACGCCUUCUCAAGAGAGCAAUGCUUCAAGCCUACCGGGCCGUGGGCUCUCCAAGUCAUCCUCAAAAACUUCUCUGGAAAGCACUACACGCAAACGAAAGCGACAAGCGACCAAGGAUCCACAUUCCGCGGCAUUAAUCGGAGCUGCGAAAAAGAGGCUCCCUCGAAUCCUCGAAUUCUGCAAGUCCUAUGCUUCUCUUUCCGAGAUACUGCAGACCGAGCAGGAGAUGCAGUUUGCAGAUAAAAGGAUUGACCACCUGAAACAAAUUGACGGCAAUAAAACCCCAACCGAGGAACAGAAGCUUCUGAAAGGAUUGAGUCAACUAUCUCUCGCCCAGCAAUUCACCGACUGGGAGAUUGCGCGAGGCUGGAAGCCGAGAGCUGAUGUACUCUACAACGGGAUCGGGGCCCAUCCUCCUAAAACUGCUGGAAAAAUGACUAGAUUUGCCAGAGAACACGGCUACCCUGAAUCAGACCAUAAUGUCAUGCGAAAGGGGAUUCAGCGAGGAACGAACCAACUUCUUUUUCUUAAGUUGCUGAACGACAACUCCACCUCGCCUGACCAAAAAGAUGCCGCUAAAGGAAUCCUAGCCCUUGUCACAAUUUUCGAGUAUGCUCUAUUUCAAGCUCUUUCAGCUUCGGAGUUACCAACACUCGCAAAAUCCUUGCUGCAGGAAUGUGACAGUUCUGAAGUCAUUAUUGACAGCCAAAGCGGCCAGAGAAAUGUUGUUCUUGCAUCAGCACGGUAUAUUUCACAGUGGUUUGAGAACUUGAGUGGAGACUUUGAAAUGAUCUCACAAACAAUGAAACGGAGGAGGAGAGACACCCAUUCACUCGCACAUGUGACAUCUUCUCAAACCGGCGAUCGGCCUGUGGCUCCGACUCGUGCACGGCCUGCGGACUCCCAGACUGAGCCAAAUAGUGAGCCAGAUGGAGCGUCGAACUGCCAACCCAGCGAUGUUAUUCACCCCAGCAUGAACUCUCAUGAGCUCACGACGUUCUCCACGUUUCCUCGUGCUGAAUCAAACCCCCAGAGGAGUCAGACAAAUCCUUCAUUCAUGCAACUUCAACAAAUCCCGGAAGAGGUUGAAAUUGUGCCAAACCCAAGAUCACACGAUCUGGCUCAAUUCUCUAGAAAUACAACCGACGUCAAUUGCAGCUUGGCCAGUGACUCUGAGUCAUGUAGCAUGUCCCACGAGCUAAGUCUAUUCUCCACCAGCCCGUCAAAUAUCCCAAUCCAACAACAUCUGUUCGUCCCACGGUCGUGCUCUGCAUUUCCCGGUGACAUUCGCAAUCCAGUUUCGGAAAUACGAACAACACAAAAUAUGGCCUCUCAUGAGCUCUCUUCUUUUUCCACUAUCCCCGCAUGA